CUAUCAGUCGAUGGUCUUUCAACACACACACAGCCAACCGAAAUCGAUCAUCUCUGCCGCGGCGCUGCUUCCAGAUUAACUGGAAAACCAAGCUGACACAUAUAUUUGUCUCACUCUCACUGUCUGCUUUUCCCAUAGGAUAUUUUUGUAGCUAUUGAACAAGGGCUAAUGUCAUAUGGCCAUUGUAGGUUUGUGGACAAGAAUUCCGUUACUCAAAAUUACGUACGUAUUGCGCGUUGCUGUUUGCUGGCUGUUUAUGUGUGCACUAAGGAGCAGGAAAGCGUUUGUUAAUAAAUUAAACAAAAGAACAACGAUUACGGCAUGGGAAAACCGACGAAUAUCAACCUGGCAACUAAUUUCUCCUCUUGCCAUGGUCAGAAGCAAAGCGAUGUGGAGUGCCUCGUGCUCGAAACUGCGACGCGCAUUGAAGGCAUUAUAGGGAAAUACAACCAAAAUAAUGAAAAUGCGUUCUUCGUCGGUCAGACGGAAAAUAAAGCUCGAUUCCCAUUCGUUGAAAGUGGAGACGACAACAGCGUCCUUGACUUCGCUCCAUUGUUGGACGGCCAUGCAUGCGCCAAUAAAAAAGAAUAUAUCAACCAUGAGAAGAUCGAGGCACAGGCUGAGUCGUCUUUCGAGGAAGAGGCACAGCCGGACUCUUCAUUCAAGGAAGUGGCCCAGCCUGACUCUUCAUUCAAGGAAGAGGCCCAGCCUGACUCUUCAUUCAAGGAAGAGGCCCAGCCUGACUCUUCAUUCAAGGAAGAGGCGCAGUAUGACUCGUCUUUCGAGGAAGAGGCACAGCCUGACUCUUCAUUCAAGGAAAAGGCACAGCCUGACUCGUCUUUCGAGGAAGAGGCACAGCCUGACUCUUCAUUCAAGGAAGAGGCACAGCCUGACUCUUCACUCAAGGAAGAGGCACAGCCUGACUCUUCAUUCAAGGAAGUGGCCCAGCCUGACUCUUCAUUCAAGGAAGAGGCCCAGCCUGACUCUUCAUUCAAGGAAGAGGCCCAGCCUGACUCUUCAUUCAAGGAAGAGGCGCAGUAUGACUCGUCUUUCGAGGAAGAGGCACAGCCUGACUCUUCAUUCAAGGAAAAGGCACAGCCUGACUCGUCUUUCGAGGAAGAGGCACAGCCUGACUCUUCAUUCAAGGAAGAGGCACAGCCUGACUCUUCACUCAAGGAAGAGGCACAGCCUGACUCUUCAUUCAAGGAAGAGGCGCAGUAUGACUCGUCUUUCGAGGAAGAGGCACAGCCUAACUCUUCAUUAAUGGAAGAGGCACAGCCUGACUCGUCUUAUGAGGAAGAGGCACAGCCUGACUCUUCAUUCAAGGAAGAGGCACAGCCUGACUCUUCAUUCAAGGAAGAGGCACAGCCUGAAUCUUCAUUCAAGGAAGAGGCACAGCCUGACUCUUCAUUCAAGGAAGAGGCACAGCCUGACUCUUCACUCAAGGAAGAGGCCCAGCCUGACUCUUCAUUCAAGGAAGAGGCGCAGUAUGACUCGUCUUUCGAGGAAGAGAAACAGCCUGACUCUUCAUUCAAGGAAGAGGCACAGCCUGACUCUUCAUUCAAGGAAGAGGCACAGCCUGACUCUUCAUUCAAGGAAGAGGCACAGCCUGACUCUUCACUCAAGGAAGAGGCCCAGCCUGACUCUUCAUUCAAGGAAGAGGCGCAGUAUGACUCGUCUUUCGAGGAAGAGCCACAGCCUGACUCUUCAUUCAAGGAAAAGGCACAGCCUGACUCGUCUUUCGAGGAAGAGGCACAGCCAGACUCUUCAUUCAAGGAAGAGGCACAGCCUGACUCUUCACUCAAGGAAGAGGCCCAGCCUGACUCUUCAUUCAAGGAAGAGGCGCAGUAUGACUCGUCUUUCGAGGAAGAGCCACAGCCUGACUCUUCAUUCAAGGAAGAGGCACAGCCUGACUCGUCUUUCGAGGAAGAGGCACAGCCUGACUCUUCAUUCAAGGAAGAGGCACAGCCUGACUCUUCAUUCAAGGAAGAGGCCCAGCCUGACUCGUCAUUUAAGGAAGAGGCUAUAAUCCUGCCCGGUGAGACGAAAGCUCAGCUGGUAAAAUCCAAGGAUGAUGGGCUGAUCGGAGAUGGCACUGCUGCUUCUUCGACAUAUAGCUACGACAGUGAUGACAUCGUAGUGGAGAAGCAGGAAAAGGAUAAGGAAUCUGGAAAUUGCUUCCGUGGACAGGCCAUACCGAAGUGUUGUUUGACGGAUUCAGUUUUUAUGAUCGAUAGACCCUUAUGUGCAGUGAUGUGGAAGCAGGAGCUGCGCCGCUUCUCCUUGUUGUCCUUGGACGCCGCCAAACGCCAAGACAAAUUCAAAAUCACUGUAACCAAUGUGUACAGCCCCUUUCAGUUUUGGUUCCAAAUCGCUGAGGAAAAUUAUGCUCGCGAUCUGGAAAAUCUGCAUUUGCAGAUAAGAUACCAGAAGCCUAUCACUCGGUUUUUCCUACGUCCUGGAUACAUUUGUGCCGCCCGUUCAAAUUGGGGUGGCUGGAAGCGGGUUCGCAUUGUGUCCGCACCACAGGAGAAUGCUACGGACGUUUCUGUCUUCUACGUGGACUAUGGCCGUCUGGAGAAGUGUGCAAGCGAAGAACUACGGUUUUUACCAAAAGUGUUCACCAAUAUUCCGGCCAUGGCCGUCAGGGGAGCACUCUCGCAUAUCCAUCCGCUGAAUCACACUUGGCCGGCCGACGUAACGGAGAAGCUCCGUGCCGCACUUUUGUGUCGCGAGACGUUUGCCCAUAUCAUUGAGGCGGACCAGCAGGAUGAGAUCUAUUCUAUCAAAAUAUACGAACACAACCGGUCUGAUGAGUCGCUAAACAGCAAAAUGAUUCUGGAGAAUCUCGCGGGCGAAAGCGAUCAUUUUGACGAGCGUAUCAUCAAACAGCAUUGUGGCCGCCGCAUUCGCUACUUGUGCGAGCGCCUCCCCACCUUUGAAAUGCUCGAGACUGGUGUGUUUCCCAUGGAUGCGGAUAAGGAUCUAGAUUUUGUGAAAUAUUUCAAUGGAAUCAUGUCCGCAACAUCGUAUUUUAGGGAAUUUAAGAUUCCCCCGAGCCACAACCCCCUUCUGCAGGACCUUGAAAAGGCGCUGCGUGACUGGAUGGUUGGCUACAAAAAGGAGCAGAUGCCCUUGCAGAAAUUGCAGAGGGAAGCCGCGCUCAAGGCUAAGGAGAAGGAGGAAAAGCGUCGCACUUAUUACGAAAAAUUCUUUUACAAAAGAAAGGAUUAUAAAUAAAAUAAACAUCUACAAUCGCAUCUAUUAA